CGCCGCCCACCAUCUUCCCCCAUCGUCUGCCUGCUUUGCCACCGCCCCCACCUUCUCCCCCAGAUGCAACAUCUUUCCCACCGACGCAGCACAUCUGGAACGAAUGAGCGCAGCACCUCCUCUCCCGGAUUCCGUCGCAUCCCGUGGUCGCCGCCCUCGUCUCCCUCGGCGCCGCGCUUCCCCACCGACGACCUCGAUGCCGAUCUCCCCCACCGGCGCCGCCCCCACAAACGUUCUCUCUCUCUCUCUCUUCCCUUGGCCGGCGCAAGCUUGUGGAGGUAGAUCCGCGACGCGGCACCUCCGCCCCGUCGGUGGCGGCGGCUGCUCGUCAACGGCCGUGGUCGAGAAGCACGGCUUCGCCUGGCCGCGACGGAUCUGCGCAAGGGCCGCGCUGGGCGAGGAGCCCCCAUGCUCGGCCGCCACUUGGUUCGCUCCUCUUCUUUCGGCCGCCGGGAGAGGACCUCGUGACAGCGAUGCUACCAGAUCCGCGACGGAGGUGCUCGAGGUCGCGCGCAGUGACAGGAGGCCAAAAUGUUUUGUUGUGGAGACCACGGAUGGGACUAUCGUAGUUUCUUCCGCGUUUCGCGAGCAUCAGGAAGGGAUCACAAGUUCUUGUUGAAAGCGGUAGAAGAGGGAGUUUACUAUGGCCAUGGAGGCCUGUUUGGCUCCGACGCCAUGGAUGCCGCUGCGCUCUCUCAUCGUCCUCCUCCCUGACCCUUGGCACAUCGGGCCGCUGUGCUUCUUCUAGUUUCACAUGUGGACUUUUCAAAGGAUUUUGGAUGCUGAUAAUAUCAACUUAGUACCUUCAAUGUGAUAUACAGAUUCUUCCCUUGUUUUAACUGAUUGCUAGAAACUGUACAUCCCUGGUUGACAGUCAUGAACUUUUAUUGUUGGUAAUCUAAAAUAUUCUGCAUAUUUAGUGUCCAAAUACAGUCCAAAGAUAAAUGUUAGCUGUAAAUAUUCUGCAUAUAUAGUGUUCAAUUUGAUCUAUAAGAUCUGAGUUUAUUGUACUAUUAAUGGUGAUAAGAUUGCUGCUAGUAUAUUAUGUACAUUUCUUGUUUGGGUAUGGGCUAGAAAAUAAUGUCAGUUCUGCUCCAGCAAAACUUACCAGUUUCUGCCUUUCCCUACUUUAAACCAUCUGAAAAGGCUAGCAUGAUUAUUGAAGCCCGUGACCUUUUGCCCAUCCAUCCUUGAGAUUUUAUUUCUAGGUUUUACUUGAUCAGAACUUUGUGAUGAAUUAUCAGCAAUGUCCCUUUACCGAAGCCCUGUCAUUGUAGUAGGGUUGCCUGCGGGGCAGUUGGCACAUGCAUGAUGCUGCAUUGCUGCCAAUCAUGUUUGCUUAGAUGUUUGGCUUGCUACUUUUGUAUUGUUUUGGAAUGUAUUAUUUUGUAUUGUCUGCAUCCAAGUCUCAGUCAUCCUGCACCGCAAGGAGCUGGACCAAGGGAGCAAGCAGUGCUACUGGUUCCUUGAGACAUGUGCAACACAUUUAACUUGUAGUACUCCAGUAAUCCAGUAAUUUUGCUUAGAGUAUUUAACAAGGUUGAACUCUACAUGUGUGAAGUAAUUUUGCUUGGUGUAUUUAACAAGAUUCAACAAGAUUUCACUUACUUUUCCAGUUAAUUAAAUGGACGUCUUGGAUUAGUUAGAAAAUCAUGAAUUAUUUGCAGAAAUCCAUAGAAGUAUUGUACUCUAGUGUGCAUUACUUACACAAACUUGCUUGCAAGCUUAUUUUCU